AUGUCUUCCCCAAGCGCGUCAUCAGAGGAAGCAGCUCGCCGGCAGGCGGAAGCGCGCGCCGCCGUUACAGCAUCUUUGGCGUCUGUAGGCGCGUCUGUCGACAACGAGAUGCGCACGCGAACAGCGGACCUGCAUGCAAACUCGGCAGCAAUAGCUAAGCAGGAGAAGGAACUGGCAAAGCAGACAGCGGCGCUGGCUAAACAGCGGGCCGAGUGGGACAAGCUGUUGCAGGGAGGCACCAAGAAACUGAACGAGGUGGGAGAUAUACAGAACUGGGCAGAGAUGAUUGAACGAGACUUGCUGGUUCUAGAAGAGACGAUGAGGCUGGUUGAUGGAGAGGGCGACGAUGGGAGGGAGGUGUCUGCUAGCGGGACGCGCAGGUGGUAG